AUGGCGGGACCUGGAGGAGGGCCUUCGCGCCGCAGCCACACCAAGUCCCGAAAGGGAUGCAAGACGUGCAAGAAACGCCAUAUCCGCUGUGACGAGACGUUUCCGCAAUGCCGCAACUGCACCAAGCACCAGGUUCGCUGUGACUACCUGGACAGCCCAUCUGCCAACGCACCUGAGAGUCCAAAGUCUCCCCAGCAGGCCAAUCUGCUCUGGACCGCAGAGAUCGAGGCGACCAUUUCUAUCUGGCAGCAGACGGACGAGUUCCCGUUCCCUGAACUGAGAGUCUAUCCUCAACCUCUCUGGCGGGCGUAUUCGAAAAGCGAGCUGCGUCUGGUUCACCACCUCUCAUCCAUCACCAAUGAGAUGUUCCGCAGUCAAACGUCCAGAUUAACAACUUGGACGGACCUUAUGCCGAAAUUUCUGAGUGUGGCCGCCUCGCAUCCCUUCGUGAUGCACUCCAUUUUGGCCUUUUCGGCCUCGCAUCUUGCCUGGAUCUCGCAGUCUAGCGACACGCGCAAUCUCGCGUUCCACCAUGGAAGCAUCGCCUUGAAGGGCCUCCACGAGGCCAUCGCAAACUUCUCCAAGGCCAACUCGGACGCGGUCCUGGCUUCGUCCUUGCUGCUUGCAUGGCAAGCAACAGAAUGGCGAGGAUGGGCCUCCCUCGUCACCGGGACCAAGACUGUUAUCAGCGCGAUGCAACCAUGGAAACAUGAGUCGCUUUUCGCUGAUUACAUUAUCGAGCAGGGCGCAAUUCCUAAUCAGAAUUACAUGAACCCCGCAGGGUCAAUUGUAACGCCAGACGUCCGCCGAGACCAACUUGCUACCAUUCAGCUGAUCCAAAGCUCACUACAGCGUAUCUCGCCUUACCUGACUCAGUAUGAACAGGAGGGAAAGUGGGUUGAGCAGCUCAAGGCGCACAUCGAAAAGCUACGCAUCUCCAACCCCCCACAAGGCUCCCAAGAGCAGUUCCAGCAGCUCUACUACCUCCGCAAAUGGCUCUUCUGGGUCCCGAUCUCUCUACUCGCAGCCCGCCGAGGCGACGUCAUCGUACUUCUAGUCUUAGCCCACUUCUAUGCCACAGCUUUGGCUCUAGAGCCCAUGUUCUCAUCCAUCGGUGCGGCGUUCUGUGCAAACCUGUCUUUGCCACCUCUCGAAGAAAUAAUCCGGAUCGUUGGUACACUUCAAUCUACACAGAGCUACAGCCAACCUACACAGGCAGUUGUGUUGAUGAUGGACUUCCCUCGCGACCAGGCAUCCUCCUAUCAUGCUCGACGCGACUGGCUACUGCAGCAGGACGAACAACUUGAACCGACGCAUCAAGCAUCAUACGCCUUAGACACUCUGAAUCUAGAGUUCGAGAGCCAGAUCGCACAAUGUAGCUACGGGGCCAGCCUUUCGCCAGCAUUCGCGCCGUCGCCGCUGAGUUACGUGCCUUCAGGGGUUGUGUCAGGACAGACGUCGCCAUACCUCGAGGUACCACGGUCGAUGGACGGGUUCGGGGGCGGGAAUGUCUAUGUUUCGUCGCCACUGGAGUCUCCUGCCGUCGCACCCAUGGCGUAUGCACAGGACGAGCAUGUGUACAGUUUUAAUAUGCCAAUGGGCUAUCCGAGCGGGUUCGUGGCCACUCCCGCCGUCUGGACGUAA